CUUAGGUACCCGUCAAUCGAACCUAGGCGCGCCUCUAUUGGUCGUUUAGUCCUGUAUAUGACAGCACGACCUGUAUUCCGGAUGAAGCGGGAAAGGCGUGCAUCCACACUGGAUUGCUAGCUAGUUGCAUAUUAAGAUUCCAACCUGCACGUUGAACCAUGGCAAGCAAACCGGUGUGGGAGCAGAUAGGUGCAGGCUUUGUGCAACAUUAUUACCAACAGUUUGAUUCUGAUAGAACCAAACUUGCUGACCUCUAUACUGAUGCGUCAUGUUUAACAUGGGAAGGAGUUGGUUUCCAGGGGCACAAAGCCAUUAUGGAGAAGAUCACUAGUUUACCGUUCCAGUCGAUCCAGCACAGCAUCACCGCACAGGACCACCAGCCCACACCAGACAGCUGUGUGAUGAGCAUGGUGAUGGGACAGCUCAAGGCUGACACGGACCAGGUGAUGGGAUUUCAACAAACUUUCCUGCUGAAGAACGUGGACAACAAAUGGAUCUGCACCAACGACAUGUUCAGAUUGGCACUACAUAACUUUGGCGCAUAGGAGGAAAUGGAAGGAUCACGUACAUUCCACAGAGUUAGCUUUUUAUAUUACAUUUCAACUUUACAUGUAUGUGUUUUUGUUAGGGAAUGCUUGUCAGAUUCUAUUGUCUUCAAUAAGCUCAUGUUAACCAAUUUUAAGACUGUUCUGGACAGUUAACUGCAAACUGUUACAGUGAUGGUGAAUGAUGCACAGGAACACAACAGAAUAAAUUCAUUCCCAAAUA